AUGCCCUCACAGUCCUCGAGCUCGAAUGACCAGCCCGACCAGGGCAACUUGCAGCCCUAUAACCCUUUCGGCGACGAGUCAUGGCUCUUUGAGCCCGAAGACAUCCCGCCUGAUGCUCUUGCCGAGCUAAUGGACGACCCUCAGGCUUCCAUCCCUCCCCCGCCGACCCAAGUGCCUGGCUGGCAGGGGUACUACCCGCGUGCAGCCUGGUGGCUGAACGCGGGCCCACCACCGGCUGACAUUGCGGAGGUACAAGCUGAGCGAGCGAGGCGAGCGGAAGGACGAGAGGAGGAGGUCUCACCCGAUGUUGGGCCACAUCGACCGCCUGCACAAUCAGUCCGAAUCUCGGUGCCUCUGGACACGAUGGCUAGUAGCCCACCGUACCUUCGUGACAUCAUCACGAUGGAUACGGAUGAUACCUGGGGCGACUUCAUCGAGCGCAUCACGACGCGCAUGGGGGUCGAUCACACAGCCGUAGACCUCGCAUACAAGAUAGACGGUGCGAAGCCGUCUGAUGACUUCAAGGUCCUCGCCAGUCCCUACAACUUGCUUCAAGCCUUUGGCGAGUAUGUCGGUGCGAACUCAAGAGCACGGAAGAAGAAGGAUUUAGUCAUUUACAACCUGACGGCUGAGCGUCGCAACCGAGAGCAGGCGAAGGUAGACAAGACAAAGAAACACAAGGGAAGGAAGGGGAAGAAGGGUCGGAAAGGCAAGAAGUCGAAGAAACGCAGGCGGGAUACCUCCGACUCGUCUGACGACAGUGAGUCCGACGCCUCGGAGCAUCUCAUUGCCAUGCGGCAGCUCCAGGACCACCUUCAAUGCCAUGAUGCGCACUGCCCGAACAACGAUAAGGCGAACCGCUGGUGCCACAUCAAUCCGCACUCACUGGAGCAUGAGGACAUUGACAUCGCGGGGAUCACUUGGUGGGCACACGAAAUUGCUGCUGGCAAGGCGUCGUUGAAUACGCCACCGGAGGGUCGAAAGUACGAUGCGGUGUCUUCAAAGCGACGCGCACUCGGCGACGCGAGGAAGUGCCGAGCGCUCCAGGCCGAGUCGAGCACGUCUGAGGCUGCAGUGUUGCUCGAUCAGCACACAGGCAACAAUCCCUCGGAUGAUAGCUCGAUUACCUUCCCAACCGUGACAACACUCCUGGAAGAGCUCAACCAGACGAGACUCGCACACAACUAUCCCCAGUAUGGGCGGCGCCUUUCCGAGCUUGGCUUCCACUACGUUGUCGAUCUCGAGGGGUAUGAUGCGUCACUGUUCACGGACCAAGCGGGGAUGCCGCCAGGUGCUGUCCGCCCGAUGCUUGAUUGUGCGCAGACACUCGCUCGUCGUGCACGGAAGGGUAAGGGUCGAGCUGAUAACAAAGAGAACGAAAAUUGA